CGCACUUAUGCUUGAUGAUCUCGAGAGACAGACGGAGCGAAGCUGAGCGCUGAACUUGAGACCGUGUCUCGGUCACGUCUCAAGUGCCUCUCACUUUUCUCAAUUUUACUAUCGACCGCCGAGCAGUUUAUUUUGAUUUACCGCCUUCGGAUUACGCGCGAGAUAAAAAAAAAGUAUCCCGAAUUUCUCCGAGUUGCGUGAGGGACUGCGCAAUAGAGAGGGACGCUGAACUGAAUUCAACAUGUCAAUUUUACCGUUCACUCCGCCGAUCGUGAAGAGGUUGCUGGGCUGGAAGAAGGGAGAGCAGAACGGACAGGAGGAGAAAUGGUGCGAAAAGGCCGUCAAGAGUCUGGUGAAGAAGCUGAAGAAGACGGGACAGCUGGACGAGCUUGAGAAAGCCAUCACAACUCAGAGUGUCAACACCAAGUGUAUAACCAUACCGCGAUCACUAGACGGUCGGUUGCAAGUAUCUCACAGAAAAGGACUCCCUCAUGUGAUCUACUGUCGUCUUUGGCGCUGGCCUGACCUGCAGUCUCAUCAUGAGCUCAGAGCCAUUGAACUCUGCGAGUUUGCCUUUCACAUGAAAAAGGACGAGGUCUGCGUCAAUCCCUACCAUUACCAGCGAGUCGAGACGCCAGUUCUUCCUCCUGUGCUGGUGCCUCGUCACACUGAAAUCCCCAGUGAGUUUCCUCCUCUGGAUGACUACAGUCACUCCAUCCCAGAAAACACCAUUUUCCCUGCUGGCAUCGAACCCCAGAGCAACUACAUACCAGAGACGCCCCCUCCAGGCUACAUCAGUGAGGAUGGAGAGACCAGCGAUCAUCAGAUGAACCGCAGUAUGGACACAGGGUCUCCAAAUCUGUCACCAAACCCUGUUUCUCCAGCCCACAACAAUUUAGAUCUACAGCCGGUGACGUACUGUGAACCAGCGUUCUGGUGCUCUAUUUCUUACUAUGAGCUGAACCAGAGAGUCGGUGAAACUUUCCAUGCCUCUCAGCCCUCGUUAACAGUAGACGGCUUCACAGACCCGUCCAACUCGGAGCGCUUCUGCCUAGGCCUGCUGUCCAACGUGAAUCGCAACGCUGCUGUGGAGCUCACACGCAGACACAUCGGCCGGGGUGUGCGUUUGUACUACAUUGGUGGUGAGGUUUUUGCUGAGUGUCUAAGCGACAGCGCCAUUUUCGUUCAGAGUCCCAACUGUAACCAGCGUUACGGCUGGCACCCCGCCACUGUUUGCAAAAUCCCACCUGGCUGUAAUUUGAAGAUUUUUAAUAACCAGGAGUUCGCAGCUCUGUUGGCCCAGUCUGUGAAUCAGGGUUUUGAGGCUGUGUACCAGCUCACCCGCAUGUGCACCAUUCGCAUGAGCUUCGUGAAGGGCUGGGGAGCCGAGUACAGGCGGCAGACAGUGACUAGCACCCCCUGCUGGAUAGAACUGCACCUGAACGGUCCUCUUCAGUGGCUGGACAAAGUGCUCACUCAGAUGGGCUCCCCCUCUAUCCGCUGCUCCAGCGUGUCAUAGGAAAAAUCCUACACGUAUACAACAUAUACAAACCACGAGAUCUGGAAAAAGAUGAAGUUCUAUGGCUAAAGCCCUUCAUACCCACCAACCUAUUAGGUCUGCAGACGAGUUUGUCUCAUGCUGGAGGAGUGUAUUACAGUAUAUGUAUAUAUUCGUUUUUUAUGUUGUUGUUAGCCAUUUUUAUUGCCAUUAUUGAUAUAAAAUAUUGCCAUUUAUAUGUUGUUACAUAGCAUGUAUAUGUACGAUCUCUCCUGUGUCCUGUCUUUUACGAUGCUGUGUUAGGUACAUGCAUUUACCAUAACAGGUAUGUGAAAGGCUUGAUUAUUUUUUUUUUUUUUUUGAAAUAUGAAAAAAGUGCUUUUUUUUUGUAAAGUGAAACUAUGAAGUUUUUCAAAUAUCAGUUAAACUGUAUUUUUGUUCUUUUUUUUGGGUUUGUCAUAAUAAUAGAAACUUGGUCCGCGACGCUUUGUCUAGUACAUAUCAAGAGCUCUUGAAAUUCCUCCUAAAAUAUGACACUUUUUAUUUUAGCAGUGUUUUCAAACAUCGAAAACCCAAGUCUUUUUAAGUUUUCCCCACAAAAUUCAAUUUCCAUAUCCUGAUUUUCCCCAAGGCAGCGAAAUGUUCUUUAUAAAACAUACAUUAGCUGUUUAAAUUUAUAUUCACCUUUUUAAAUUUACCCUUUUAAAAUUGGCUACACAGAAUACUAUAUACACAUCUCAUAUACGCACGCAACAGUUUACGCAAAACUUCCAUAUUUCUGUAAUGUGUUGAUAAGCCCGAUACCCAGCAGUUUUCAGCUUUAGUGUUUUUUCUUCUCUCAUCAAGCUAAACCUUUAUAUGGACAUUAUUUAAUGAUCCUCAAUGAGCGUUGUGUAGUUUCUGGUCUAGUGUUGAUUUCAUCUUUGUCUGCAGUGAACCAGCCAUCUGCUCUGUGUGAAUGAAUGUGAAUCGUUGAGUUUCAUAGGUUUCAUCCCUCUUAUAACUCCAUGUGUUGUGUCACGCUUUCAUUGUUACUCGCUCAGUGUCUUCAGUGAGUGAGCGAGUGAGGAGCUCUUCAAGGUCUGGUGAGGUCUUUCAGUUCUCCGCCUUGAAAGAAAAGUUUCUCUGCGUGUUGUGGUAAUUUUAGAAAACUGGGCAUUACAUCAUUUUGCGCACUAAGAAGUCGGCACGUCGUGUCUCAUAAUAUCGGUCGUGUCUGAUCUCACACACACCUGCGGGUCUUCAUGUCCUCUCAUCCUCCAGAAACAAAACUGAGUGAGCGUGCCUUCACAGCAACUUUCAUAACAGAGUUUGUAAAUAGUAUAUUGGAGACAGGUGUUGAUCUGUGUCAUUGAGUAAGUGGGUUGUCCAGUGUUGGACCACUCAGGGGUGUGAUCUUUUCUCAGCUGAACCUGUAAAUAUGUUUAAUAAAUUAAUUAUGCAUGCCUAUUUUCUGAAAUCCAUGCCAUUUGUACUGUAGACUCUAUUUUGCUACCAAAUAUUUUUUCAGAAGUGGGAGGGGAAAGUAAAUGCUCUUACCUCGGUGUUUGAAAGGUGGGGCUUGUACCGCUGGCAGGUUUUUGUAAGGUUAACCAUGUAUUUUUAUACGUCAGAUGCUCAUAGGAUAUGGAGAAGGGCCUGAUGAAGGGAAAUGUCACGAGAGGCUUUGUGAAAGCCAGAUCAUGUACAGUACUUUCGGUUCGCCGCGGGUCAGUGUGACGCUCUUGCUAUGAGGAGCUUUUUGCAUGCCUUUUGAAAUUCACUGGUCUCUCAAUGUGUUGUACAGGAAUCGUGGAAGAAAGUAUAGAGUUUAGGUGCAUUAUGUACUCUGCAGACAGUAGAAAAGAUGUGUGACAUCUGUGUGCAUAAAUGUUCAUAAGGACUGUCGGGGGUUUAGAUGCUCUGCUUUGAUAAAGUCAGAGCGUUAUUGUGUUGAUUAGGAUUCCUUGAAAUGUAUUUAAACUUCUUGAUGUCAUCCGGAAAAAAAAGACUAAAUAGAAGGUACUGAAAUUAUUCAGGAAAUGAUUUAUUGUCCAUUUAAGCAAACAUAAACCCUCGGUUUCACAGGCAAGGCUUAAACCUGGUCCUAGACUAAAAUGUAAAUCUGAGCUGUUUUAACUCAAAGAAACAUGCACUGACUGCUCUUAAAACAUGUUAGUGCCUUUUAUUUUGUCCUAAGAUGGGCACCAAUGAUGUUUAUUUUUUUUAAUAAAAAGUACUUAAAUGUUCUAAUUGUGCUAUGAGCUAAUCCUGGCUUAGGUUAAGCCUCGUCUAUGAAACCGGGCCUAAGUGUUUUCUUUGAGAGGAAAAAAAAAAUCAAAUCUCAUUUUCUCAACAAAUUGUUGAAUAUAUUUUAAGUAACGUGCAGUUAUUGUGCUUGUGUUAAUCUUUCACACUCAGUGAUGUUGUGGCUUAGUGGUGAUUGUUGUGCUUGGCAUUGUUAGAGUUCUUCUUUGUACAAGUAUAUAAUCGUUAUCAUUUCUCUCCAUCUUUAAAGUUUGUCAAAAGGAAAAAAAAUGUUUGUUAUUGUUGAACUUUUAAUAAAUAUGUAAAUGAUAAA